CACACCAAACUAUCUUCAUUCGAUUCUCUACCCUUUUUAGCAUUCCUCCACUCACCAUCAAAAAAUGGCAGAAGGGGUUCUCUUCAGCGUUGCUGAGGGAAUCAUUGGGAAAUUGGGCCCUCUGGCUUUCAAAGAGAUCAAACUACUCUGGGGGGUCAAAGAUGAGCUUGAAAAGCUUAAGAACACCGUUUCCGCAAUCCAAGCUGUGCUUCUGGAUGCGGAGGAGCAACAGGUUGGGAGCCAUGCAGUUGCAGAUUGGCUGAAAAAGCUAGAGGAUGCCAUGUAUGAAGCAGACAACUUGCUAGAUGAUUUCUCCACUGAAUCUCUGCGGAGAGAAAUGAUGAGCCGUGAUAAGAUGGCAAAAGAGGUACGCAUAUUCUUUUCCAAAUCAAACCAGCCUUUAUAUGCUCUCAAAAUGAGUCAUAAGAUUAAAGUGAUAAGAGAGAGGUUAGAAGCCAUCAACUACGAUAGGAGGAGUUUCAACUUGGAGGUACGACCUGUAGAGACACGAGUCGGGAACAGGGAGAGGGAUAACACUCAUUCUUUUGUACCUGCAGAAGUAGUUAUUGGUCGACAAGAUGAUAAGAAGGCAGUUAUAGAUUGUCUACUAGACUCCAAUGUUGAAGAGAAUGUUUCAAUCCUUCCAAUUGUUGGCAUCGGUGGAUUGGGAAAGACUACAUUGGCCAAACUUGUUUUCAAUGAUGAGCAAAUCCAAAAACAUUUUGACCUCAAAAUGUGGGUGUGUGUAUCGGAUCCCUUCCAUGUUAAAAAUGUUGUUGAAAAAAUCUUAGAAUCUGCAACAAACACGAAACAACCAACUGUUGAAAUGAAUACACUAGUAAACUCUGUUCGAAAAGAAAUUGAUGGAAAGAAAUACUUCCUUGUGUUGGAUGAUGUGUGGAAUGAGGAUCAUGAAAAAUGGUGUCGCUUGAAAGAAGUGCUAAUGGGUGGUGGAAGAGGCAGUAGAAUAUUAGUGACUACUCGCAAAGAAAGCGUUGCAAUGACCAUCCGCCAUGAAAGCGUUGUAAGGAUUAUCGGGACAGUUCAAUCAUAUGUCUUAAGGGGUUUAGAUGGAGAAGCGUCAUGGUCUUUAUUUAAGCAGUUGGCAUUUGAGAAAAGAGAAGAGCCAAAGAAUUCAAGCAUCGUAGCAAUUGGGAUGGAGAUCCUAGGCAAAUGUUCAGGUGUCCCUUUAGCCAUAAGGACAAUCGGAAGAUUACUAAGCUCCAAAAAUCCUGAAACAGAGUGGUCGUCUUUUAAGAACAAUGAACUCUCAAAAAUAUCUCAGAAUGAAAAUGACAUCUUACCAACUCUGAAGCUGAGUUAUGAUCAACUUCCUUCACAUUUGAAGCACUGCUUUGCUUAUUGUAGUUUGUUUCCAAAAGAUUACAAGAUUGAUAAAUCAACAUUGAUUAAGCUCUGGAUGGCACAAAGGUUUAUCAAGUUAUCGGAUCAGAACCGAUGCUUCGAAGAUGUUGGCCAUGAGUAUUUUAUGGAUUUACUUUGGAGAUCAUUCUUUCAAGAAGCUGAAAUGAAUACGCUUGGUGACAUAAUUGGAUGCAAAAUACACGACCUCAUGCAUGAUCUUGCCAUAUUAGUGGCAGGGUCGUUGAUCACCAUGUUAGAUGAUAAGGAGACAUCCAUUGAUGAGAAAACUAGUCAAGUAUCAGUUGCUUAUCAUAUAAGUAGCAGUUCAUCUCGAGUUUCAACUUUAUUGUGUAAAGCAACUAGGAUGCGAACAUUUAUUUGCCUUAGCAACGAGAACUUUGAGGCUAGUAUUGAUUGUGAUGCAACCUUUUCAAGUUCCAAGUUCUUACGCGUGUUGGAUUUGCAUGACAUAAAAACUUUGCAAAAUUUAAGCUCUAUUGGGAAGCUGAAGCAUUUAAAAUAUCUUGAUCUUUCUACAAACUCAAAAAUAAAAAAGCUGCCUGAUUCUAUAACGAGAUUGCAAAAUUUGCAAACACUAAAACUCUCCCGUUGUAAGUUACUAGAAGAAUUGCCGAGAGACAUUAAAAAUUUAGUCAACCUCAGGCAUCUUGAGAUAGAUAUAUGUUUGGGAUUGAGUUAUAUGCCAGUUGGAUUGGGGCAACUGACUAACCUUCAGACGUUAUCCGCAUUUUAUGUCGACUCGGGUUCUCCCUCCAGACAUAGUGAUAGUGGUGGUUUACAAGAACUAGGCGGAUUAAAUAAGCUGAGAGGAGAGUUGGAGAUUGUAAAUCUGGGACAUGGGAAAGGUGUUGCGUUAGAAUGUAAGGCUGCGAAUCUGAAGGAGAAACAACAUCUUAGUUUUUUGCGGAUAUGGUGGAAAUAAGUUAGGUUAGAUGAUGCCAAUAAUUCGGAUGAAGCGUCAUUGGAAGGCU